UCUACCGGCCAAUGUGCCAUACGGCCGACGGAGACAGCGCCCGACGGACCACGAUGAAUGCUCUGCCGGCAGAAGUAGAGCAAGGGAACGUCGAGUACAAGCUGCAAUUGCUCCACCCUACGGCAGAUCGGUUCCAACAUCUCGUGACCCAGUUGAACUGGCGGCUGAACGAAGGCCACGGGUAUGCGUUCUACGAACUCGGAGUUGCUGACGAUGGCAUGGUCGUUGGGAUGCCCCCUCACGACUUGGAAACGAGCUUGAACACACUCUGUCGCAUGUGCCAAGUGUUGUCGGCCGAGAUGCAAGUCCACACUGUGCGCCCAGGCACGUCCGACACGUACAAAGCAGCACGUGUCGCGAUCAGUCGUAUUGCCGAAACCCAUGCAAAGAAGCAAGUGCGAGUGUCUGUGAUCGGCGACUUUGACAGCGGCAAAUCCACCCUUAUCGGUGUGUUAACUCGGGGUUGUUUGGACGACGGGAACGGGCUCGCUCGCAUGCAAGUGCUUCGGCACUUGCACGAAAUUGAAGACGGCCGCACAUCUAGCAUCAGCGAACAGAUUCUUGGCGUGACGAACGAAGGCAAAAUUUGCAAGUUCAGCUCCCUCGAGAGUCGCAACGCGUCGAGCAUCGAUGCGCAAAGCACCAAGUUGAUCAUGUUCAGUGACCUCGCGGGGCAUCAGCGCUACCUCAAAAUCACGGCGUCGGGCUUAACGAGUCAGUUCCCAGACUACGCCAUGUUGGUUGUGGAUGCGACAACGGGGGUGCAGCCCAUGACACUGGAGCAUCUGCGCAUUGUUCUUGGCCUGGGGAUCCGUGUGUUUGUGGUGGUGACCAAAGUCGACUUGGCGGCACAUUCCAGGAUAGAACAAACCGUGGACGGAAUCCACUCGACGCUGUCGAUGCUGCACCAGCCGCCUCCUCGCGUUAUCGCAACCGCCGACGACCUUGCAGCAUAUCAGGUUCUCCAAGACGCAGUCCCCAUUCCAGUAUUUCACGUUUCCAACGUCACCGGCACGAACAUGGCAUUGCUCCAGCAAUUUCUUGCGUCGAUCCAUCCCACUAGGGAAUGGACGUCGGUUCGCCACUGCAGUUGCGAAUUCCACAUCAGCGGCCAUUUUCCGUCAGACGAUGUGGGCACGAUCGUCACGGGGUUGGUUCAAAGCGGCACGGUCCACGUAGGGGAGUCUCUCUUGCUCGGCCCGACCAACUCGGGGGCGUUCUAUGGCGUUCACGUGAAAAGCAUCGAGGUCCAGCGCACCCCUGCCAAGUGCGUGUUUGCCGGGCAGACAGCGGCGCUUCUCGUUACAUCCCUCGACCACGACGAUAUUGAAAUGGCGUCGAUGCGCCGGGGCAUGAUGCUCGUCCACCCCAAUCUCAGCCCGAUCGCGACGCGCCAGUUUGAUGCGCAAGUCCACGUGCUCAAUGCGUCCAUGCUGCUCAAGGAGAAUAUCCAAGGGGUGGUACACGCCGGACCCAUUCAACAACUGGCGAAAGUGGUUGCGGUGUUUGACGAAGGCGACGGCGGCGACCAGCGUCAAGUGCGGCUGCGCUUUGAAUUUAUUCACUCGCCGGAAUACAUGCGACCCGACUGGCCGCUCGUGUUUCGAGAAGCCAACACCCACGCUGUUGGCAAAGUGCUCCAUGCCGUGCACGCACUCAACUCGGACUUGGUAGUUGCCAGUUUAGCGUAAUGCUGCGGAUUCGCACCAGUCUGUUUUGUCUCCCAAGACUGCCAUCGCUGCGCCGACACUCGUGUGCUUUCAGCGACUGCCAUCGCUGCGCC